AUGACGCAAAGUCCGAGUAUGCACGCUCGAGAUUCGUCGGGAAAGAAUGUAUCUCUUCUCAACGACGAUGUUGCACCCCCGCAACCCCAUAACUUCUCCAUAAUUUCUUCAUAUAGCCCAUCUGAUAUGAGUCGUUCGGUGUCCAGUUAUUCAACACCCAGCGGUACGGGCUCUCCAGUUCUACCGGGUUUGAUCCGUGCCGAAUCGUACGAUUCGCAGAACACCACUGAGACUCAAUCUCCAUUGACACCGCAUUCCGAACUUGGCACACAUAGUUCUUACACGGGGGAGUCGACAUACAAGGACCCAUCGAAUAUGGAGUACCGAGAUAGAUCACACUCAUUCCAUGACCAUCCUUCCAACUACCAUGGGAUAUCGCCAAGAACACAACAUACGGAGAAUAGGAUGCAUUCCUACUUUCAACCACAAGUGUAUGAUGAGGAAGCAUAUCACAAUGGAAACAUCUCGGAACGGGGAGCCAAGAGAUACAAUUGCCGCUACAGAGAUACCCUCGGUUGCGAGAAGACCUUUACAACAUCUGGCCAUGCAUCCAGACAUUCCAAAAUUCAUACGGCAGAAAAAGCCGUUCCAUGUACUUUUGCAGGUUGCCAGAAGAAAUUCACACGUAACGAUAAUAUGAAGCAACAUCUCGAGACUCACAACAAGGACCGAUCACGCUCCAACAGCACCCGAGCAGGAGGAAAACCUCCGGUUCUCACAGUUUCUGCCGGCAUCAAGAAAGUCGGUCGUGCAACGAGUAGACCUACAACCCCAGGUCUGAUGGUAGCAAAUGCGGAGAUUUCUCCUAUCAUCGACCCUGCGUUAUUCUCGACGGCUAGCAAUCAAACCCCCCUUGUGCUACCAACCGCUUCUCUACCAAACAACUCUCACGGCAUUCGUCAAAGCCUGGUUGCACGACCUAUUGAUACCAAGAACGGCCCUCCCAACUCGUGCAAGGGAUUGGAUGCCUUAGCCAUGGCUGUGCAGUUGGCUCAGUCAACUCUGUAA